AUGAUUCGCAGCGCCACAGCGGGGCAGGCCUUGGCAUCCGAUUUCCUGCGCCUGGAAGCCCAGCGCGAUGCCCUGGAGGGCAAGCAAUGGCGCUGCCUGGAGGACAUGGAGAACCGGAAGAUGGUGAACCAGCAGCGGCAGAAAGCCUACGCCGACAUCCUGGACCGGCGUCUCCAGGCGGAGGGAAAGCAGCAAAGCAUCACCAAAGAGCGAAACCUCGUGAUCCGGACGGAGGCCACCCGAUUGUGCAGCAGCCGGUCCUGGGAGGGAGAGGCGACCAGCCAAAUCCGUGCCCGCAAAGAGCGUUUUGCGGUGGAAGUGGAGGAGAUGUGGAAAGACUGGCAGCAGCGUGUUGCCACCAAAAUUCGUGAGGACAUUGACGUGGCGCGCAGAGACGCUGAGCAUUGCAAAGCACGGCAAAAGGAAGCCAUGGAGGCGGCGUUGACGCAAGAGAGGCUAUUGGUUGACCUUCUGGAAGCCGAGUUCUUGGCGCAGAAGGAAAGGGAGAAGCUCUACGAGGAGGUGGAGGAGCAGCAGCAGCGUUUGCGACAGAGGCUGCACGAGGAGCGCCGUGCUCUUGACGAGCGGCUGCAGGCGUUUACCAUGCAGCCGCCUCCGGCAGGUGCAGCUCCUGGUACAAAAGCCACACCGGCGCCCCCGAGUACAGCCAAAGUUUCGGCCAAACCAUCCGAGCCCACGACGCCAACGGCAAGGCAGGCAGCGGCAGAAGCGCCAGUCACCGCAUCAAAGGCGUGCGGUCGGGCAGCUUCGAAAAAUGCCGGAUUCGUGCCCAAAGCAGGCACUCGUCACUUUGAGGUCUACCAGCAGUUGCGGCGCAGCGAGAUGGAAAUGCAGGCCGAUCUGAGACUUCUGGAGGAUCGGAAGGUCCUCCACUGCCUCCACUGUGGAUCCACCCAAGCAGCCCCAGGGCCUCCGUCCGGGCUCUGUGAAACUUGCGGCCACUUUACUGAGCUCAUCCAGCUUCCCCCUCAAGUUGCGCGAGGCCCCGCAGUCCACCUGAAUGCGCCACAGCCCCGAACAUCGGCGGCCAUGGCUCAGGCGCUGCGCUUGCGGCCGGCUCCUCCCGCUCUGGCAUCACGAGGACCCACGACGAUCCCCGACUCCGAUGACUUGGUCACACAGCCUGCGUUGCUCUCGAGUCGCCCCUGCCCAUCACGCAUUUCUCUGGAGAGUCGGCGCGCAGAGGUGCGGCGGCUCCUGAGACAGGACUCCGACGCAAGCCCGUUCAGCCCGCUCUUGGCACCGAGGCUUCCCACUCCGCGCGAGAUGCUGCCAGCCGACGGCCUGCAAACCGACAGUUGGCAAGCUGAUGGUCGGCAAGCCGACGGUCAGCAAGCCGAUUUUCGCAUUGAAGCCGGUGCAGAUCUGCCAGAGGCUUUGCCGCCUCUCUUCACGGAGGAAUCUCGUGAGCCGGAAUUGCCUAAGCCCUUUCCGCAUAUCGUGGUGCAGGAAAUUCCCUCGCCAAGCAUCCGGGCGAGUCCUGACUCGCAGGAGGAAUUCGGGGGCGUCCCCACCAUUGGGCAGGACUUGGGCCCUGAGGCUAGCGGAGAGAUCCUCGGCAGCCUAGGCAUCUUGGAGAUGCCUUUGGGCCCGCUGCUUGCACCUGCGCAGCCCCCUCCGAGGGCUGUGGCUCUGAGCUCCGCUGUGCGAAGCGGGGACAACGACUGGUAUGGGAGCUCGACCAGCGGCACGCCACGGAAGGAGGAGGAGGGGCCAAAGAAUGCUGUCCCGGCUUCCGAAACCUCUGCAGAGGAUCUUUUUCUCAGUGGACAACACACUCCCCGCGAGCUUGAAGAGAAGCCGGCCGCGGAGCAAGAGCAAAGGCCAGCCGCGUCGCAGGUUGCUGAAAACGCCACACCGACCGUUGACGCUGUGCUGGCACCGGGGAGUUCGCUGAGUAGGACGGCAGACCACGAGGAAGCUGAGGACACUGAGGAGUUAGACCUGGACGCCAUGAUCCCCUUCAGCGCGCGUGAAAAAGCACAAAGGCAAACAUCACCCUACCUCCCUGUGGUCGAGCAGCCGCAGGCGCCAAUUGACCAUCGGAAGCCGAAAGAGGCUGCCACAUCCCCGGAGGGCAGCUCCCUGGGCUCCUUGGCUUCUCCAGAAGCUCCCCAGGAGGCCAGCGCUGGGAGCUUCAGCUUCGGUGAUCAAGGCCAACAUGGCCUUGGCAGUCUUGGUGAGGCCAGCCCUUUGGAGGAGAAGUCGGCAAAAGGUGAUGUGACCGGAUCUUCAGUGAGCCAUGUGAGCAAGGCUCCUGUUCCGAUUGCCAGUGCAUCCAACGGACAAGGCGGUGGCACACCAGCUACCAGACCGACGGCAGGCAUCCUUCGCGACCUAGGCCUUGAUGAAUCGUCUGAUGACACGCCGAAGGACAGCAAGGAGGAGGCGCAGCCUGCCUCGGCCUCUUCGGCUUCCCUUGCUUACAAGGCCACGCCCAAGCGCAGCAAUCCGCUCCGUGGAGUUGCAGCAGGACGUGGCAACCUCCUGCAGGGCUCCACCGACUUCCUUGGCGGUGGCAUACCAGGUCUGGGGCGGUCUGGGCCUGGCCGAGAUGGCAGCUCCGGUGGCGCCUUGUCAUCCUUGGCAGCCCUUCGCCCAAAGUCCAAAGCAAGGCCAAAGAUCGGGUCCCUUCCCGGCGGCCCCAUCGACUGGAGCCAAAGAGAGGACUUCAGAUGA